AUGCCAAGAGAAAUUGAUACCUGUAUAGUUGGAACGGAUGAAGACCCUAGAGAAGGAGACGGCGUGGGAGCUGAGGUUGUAGGUUCCAGAGUAGGUGGAAGAGUCGGAGAAGGAGUGGGCACUUGGGCAGGACUCUUUGUUGGUGCUUGCGUGGGCUGUGGCGUCGGGCCGACCACAGGAGCCAAUGUAGGAGCAACGACAGGAGCCUUGGAUGGGCUUGAGAUUGGGAUCGCUGUUGCCUAUAUUGGAGCUGCGCUUGGUGCCUUGGAUGGUGCCUUGGAUGGGGCUUGUGUCGGCGCCAAUGUAGUGGGACUAGCAACUGGCGCAAAUGAUGGAUUGUCUGUUGGCUUCACUGUGGUAGGAACAGAGCUCGGGCCCAAGCUUGGUUCAUGGGCCCGUGGGGUAUGGGCAGCUCGGGUGAUCACAACAUUGGAUAAGAGUUGUUCCAAUCCCAAAAAGAUGACAGGCGAGGCACCAAGAGAAGCUACCAAGAAUGCUUCUAGAAAUGAGAGCUGCAAGUUUUGA